AUGACAGCACAACCCCCCUUGCAGCAGCCCUCUCAGGUCAUGCAUGAUGCAAGCCUCAUCUACAACUACCACCGCACACGCAUGCCUCUCCCGACCACAGGUGCAGAUGCCAUCUUCUGCCUCUGCAGUCUCGACCUGCGCGUUGCCAAGCGUGCUGCACAGCUAUUCCUGGAUGGACUCGGCCGGUGGCUGAUCUUCUCUGGGGGCUCAGGCACGCUGACCGCAGGCCGACCACAGUUUCGCGACAACCCUGAGGCUGUCGUCUUUGCAAGCAUUGCGAAGGGCAUGGGUGUACCUGAGGACAAGAUGAUUGUCGAGCCAAGAUCGACAAACACUGGGGAGAAUGUGCGUUUUACGUAUGAAAUGUUGAGGGCCAGGGGCCUGCUUCAAGGGAGAGACGAGUCUGCUGAGACAGGUAUCCGGUCCUUCAUCCUGGUGCAGAAACCCUAUAUGGAGAGGAGGACAUUUGCCACUUUUAUGAGACAGUGGCCUGGGAUGACUACUACUGAUGACGAUGAUAACAAAGAUGCAGAAAAAAGGAGGAGAUCUGUAUUCACUGUCACGUCUCCUCAGCUGGAUUUUGCAGAGUACCCAGACGAAAACAACCCGCGGGACCUGGUCAUCAACAUCAUGGUCGGAGACCUCAUUAGGAUUCGAGACUACCCUGCGAAAGGCUACCAGAUAGAACAGGAUAUUCCCGACGAUGUAUGGGAGGCAGGCCAGAGACUACUUGCUGCCGGGUUCAACAAGCAUCUCCCGUGA